CACUCCUCCUCCCGGCAAUGACAGACAUCACUGGCCGGUGCUGUGUGCUCCACACCCCUGGCUCAGUGCUUUAAAUCGCCGGUAGCCCGGUCUUGCCCAAGCUGCCUGCUUUUAUAGGAGGCUGAAGGAUCUGCACGGCAGACUGUGCUCCAUCCACACACCAUGCCCAGCCGCCUCCUGGCUGCCGCACCGUGAGCUGCGUGUAUCGUGGAACUUGCCAGGCUGCUGGCAUUAAGCCUGAAAAGAAGAGUGUGACUUACUGAACCAGGAUUUCUUCAGUAAUUUUGGAACCAGAAAAAAUGCCUUUAGCAGAAGAAAGUACCCUACCAAGUGAUCCGCCUCUUACGCUCCCACUAGUUAUCAUAGGAAAUGGCCCCUCAGGAAUCUGUUUGUCUUAUAUGUUGUCUGGCUACCGGCCAUAUUUGUCUCCAGACGCUGUGCACCCGAAUUCAAUUCUUCAAAGUAGAUUAGAGGAAGCGAGACACCUCUCUAUUCACGAACAGGAUUUGGAAUACUUGUCUGAAGGUCUAGAAGGUCGCUCAACCAAUCCUGUGGCUGUUCUCUUUGACACUCUUCUUCAUCCAAAUGCUGAUUUUGGGUAUGAUUACCCAUCUGUUCUGCAGUGGAAGCUGGAAGAAGAACACUAUAUUCCUCAUAUAGUUCUCGGUAAAGGACCUCCUGGUGGAGCCUGGCACGAUAUGGAAGGAUCCAUGUUGACACUUAGUCUCGGAGAUUGGAUGGAGUUACCAGGACUGAAAUUUAAAGACUGGGCCCUGGGUAAAAGACGGAAUUUAAAGACCGAUCGAGCCACCCCUGCUGAAGUAGCUUCUUAUUACAAACAUUAUAUUAAAAUAAUGGGUCUCCAAAGAAAUUUUAUUGACAACACUUACAUUACCUCUGUAGUAAAACCUUACAGAGAGCAAGAGGAAUCUACAAGUCAAGGAAAUGGAGUGGUGGUUGCCUCUGAGGAACCUCAGAUCAGAGAAGGAAAUGAUGAGCCAGUGCUAAAGAAAAAUUGGGAAAUUCAAGGCUACACAAGAGCAGCUGAUGGCUCUCACCAGCCCUUUUGUCUUUUUGCUGAGGCAAUAGCUCUUGCAACGGGAACUUUUGAUUCGCCAGCUCGACUUGGAGUGAGUGGUGAAGAUCUGCCUUACGUUUCACACUGUGUUGCUGAAUUCGAGGCUGCUGUUAGCAAAGGGAAAUUAGGUGGAUCAGUCGACCCAGUUUUGAUAGUGGGUGCUGGGCUCACAGCAGCUGAUGCAAUUCUUUGUGCUUAUAACCAUAACAUUCCGAUAAUACAUGCUUUUCGUAGAAGAGUUACUGAUCCAAGUUUAAUUUUUAAGCAGUUGCCAAAGAAGCUGUAUCCUGAGUACCACAAGGUCUAUCAUAUGAUGUGCAUGCAGUCUCAUACCACAGCCUCCAACUUGCACGCUUCUUAUACCAGCUUUCCGGAGCAUUGUGUACUUUCGUUUAAGCCAGAUAUGAAGUGUGUCCUUCAAGGUACCGGUGGAUUAAAAAAAGUCUUAAAAAUAUCCAUGGCUCUAGUUUUAAUAGGGUCUCAUCCUAAUCUAUCCUUCCUAAAAGAGCAAGGUAGAGGUUUGGGUCAUCACCCUAACCAACCCAUCACAUGCAAGGGUAAUCCUGUAGAGAUUGAUCCAUACACUUAUGAGUCGUCAAAAGAGCCUAAUCUCUUUGCACUUGGACCACUAGUUGGUGACAACUUUAUCAGGUUUCUAAAAGGCGGUGCUCUUGCCAUAACCCGUUGUUUGGAGACGAGACAAAAGAAUAGACAUCGACUUGCCGAAAGUGAUGGUGUGUCCUAGAUACAGGAAAUUGCCCAUGCUUUUCUGUUGAAAUUCAUUCCCAUGUAUUAUAUAAGAGAUCUGUAGACCUGCAGAUUCCAUCAGUAUGUGUUUUUUGGCACAGUGCAAACUUUGUUUCUGGAUUCUUAUUCUUACGCAAAUGAAAAACCUAAUGUGCUGCUUUCUGUAGAAAGACAUGCUGUUUUGUAGUGGUAAACCCAAUUUAGUUUGUUCAUGAACAAACCUAUUUUGCAUAGUUACCAACAACUGGAUUUCUAGUGUAAAACUCACUUUUACAUUCAUAGUUUUUUAUUUGGGAACAUGAGUUUAGUUUGUUUGGGAUUUUGGUCAGAAUAUGCAUAUCAGA